AUGCCAUCAAUCGCCAUAGUCGCAAGUUACAGCUACCCUGACUCGUUUCCCGAAAACAAACCUGGACUAGACUCAGUCUUGCUAGCUUGCUCGAUCUACGCCAGCUGGGAACCUGUAACACUCUAUCUAGACAUAGGCAGGAGAAGCUUUGAUUCUCCAGACUUUCCAAGCUUGGUAUCUUACAACCAUACCGCCACGAGGCCAUUUGACCCCGGGGAUUUCAAACUACAAAACAUGUUUAAGCCCCCUUCUGCCGGAAGCAAAUCAAUACUCAUAGAUGUUGACUGGGCCAAUCUUAUGCUACCUCCGAACGAAACCAUUGAAGUACUUCGUCAGGCUUUCAAUGACAAUCUCCCCCUCGGAGGUGAUCAAGUCAACAUUUCCAUAACUGCAUUUUCUUUACUGCUUGUCGAUGCUUUGGCUCGUAUUGGCAUGAGUACCACCAUGACACUGGGUUCAUCUGAAGAGCGUCCCCAUAACUUGGAGGAUUGGUCUCUAGGUUUUGACGAAGUAGCACCAUUUAGCAGCAUUGACCUCCAGAAAAGCACAGAGAUAGUCAUAGAGCUUUCUCGAUUUGGAUACAGCUAUUCCAUGAGGGGAACGACACGAUACAUUUCAAUUGGGAUUCUUCUCGCCUAUGUCACAAUCACGUUGAUCCACAUCGUCUUGAUACUCUGGUUCCGUUGGAGUUGUACAGAUUUGGGUUCUCUUUAUGAUCUUGUCAACUUGGCUUUUAUUUCGUCAAGGAGUCUGCCGGAUGAGGUGGUAUCCUUUGGGUUGGCAGAACUGAAGAAGCAAAACGUGAAUGUCAGAGCAGAGGAACAAGCGCAUUCGAAGUUGAGAAUGGCAAUUGACGGUUUUUCGGGGUGA